UAUCUGAAUAUGUUAUCUUAAGGACAAUCUGUAAAAGGUCUGUUUUAUCUCUCUCCUCCGCUUUUGUGUUUCUGCUUGCCAACAUCCCCUGAGACCCCCUAUAAAAACAGCUUCGGACUCUGAGCCAGUUGCCUCUCUGAGCUACUUUGCUUAGGGAGUGCCAUCUGGCUAGACUAAUAAGGGUCUGUUUUACUUUCCAACUUGUCCAGUGUGUUCCUUCCCAGGUGUUCUUUGCUGCAGUCAGCUCCUCGGAGCAUUUGGUAAGGCCCUUGGUCUUACAUUCUGGAGGCCCCAGUGAGACCCCUGGGUAGGAACCCCCGGUUUGGCCGAGACUCCGUGGGGGGAUCCAGCAGGAGACUCUCAGGCACAGACCUCAGAAAACCUCCAGAGGUAAGCUUUUGGCCAGUUGCAGCCAUUUGUUAAGUCAGGAGUGAGGUGGCUGAUGAGCAGGGAAGCCUCCCCUGACCCUGAGGUUCCUGACGAGGAACAAGGGAAGAUUUAGUUUCAGUUUGUCAUGGUGCCCGUUAGUCUUGUCUUUUGUAUGUUAAUGUUGUGUCUGUUGUGUGUUUGAUUUUACAUUUUUUUCUUUCCAAUCUUCAUCAGGAGCAGAGUAAUGGGAGGAACCUGCUCUACUGGGUCCAUUACGCUUGACUGUGUUCUCACUAAUUUUAAAUUGGCUUUUUCUCCAGAACAAGCAGAUGAAUAUGGGGUGAAAUUCUCUCGCAGAAAACUCCACUCCCUGUGCCAAUUGGAAUGGCCAGCCUUUGGGGUGGGAUGGCCAGCCAAAGGGACUUUUGACCCCAGUGUUUGCUGGGAGAUUUGGGGCAAAGUCACUGGUCGCCCUGGCCACCCAGACCAAUUUCCCUACAUAAACAUCUGGGUUCAGGCUUAUGAGAAACCUUCAGCUUGGCUGCAGCGCUGUUCCCUCCGAACAGACACUUGCAUUUUAGUUGCUGCCCCAAAAGAGCCCUGGGAACUUAAGCCCCGGGCUCCUAAGCCAGUUCUCUCACAGGAACCUGACCCCCUGAAUCCCUUAGGAGGGCCUCUGCCCUAUGUGGACUCCUCCACCCCCUCAGAUGGCUCCCACUCUAGACCCCACAAUCCUUCCCUUCCUCCAUCUGCUCAACCUUCGGCUCCUACUCCUCUCUAUCCUCCUCUCCCAGAGGGGCCUCAGUCCCCAGACUCUGUGACUUCUCCCCCACACACAAGAGCUGGGGCUGCAUAUGGGCCUUGCAAGGUCCCCACUGGGGAAAUUAGUUCUGCCCCUCUCUUGCCUCUUCGGGAGACAGAACAAGGUCACUAUGUUUAUAUCCCUUUCACUACCAGUGACUUAUAUAAUUGGAAACAUCAAAAUCCUCCCUUCUCAGAGAAGCCCCAAGCCCUAAUAUCUCUCCUAGAGUCUAUCUUCCAUACCCAUGAUCCUACUUGGGGUGAUUGCCAACAACUCCUCCAGGCCCUUUUUACCUCAGAGGAGAGGGAAAGGAUCCAGGGACAAGCUGUGAGGUUGGUACUAGGUGGACCGGAAGGAGCACAGCUCCCAUCCACCCAACCCCGCUGGCAAACUAAUACCUCGGGUGGGAGAGAAGCUCUCCAGAACUAUCGUCAGCAUCUCCUGGCCGGCCUGAGGGGAGCCGCUUGGAAGCCUACCAAUUUGAGCAAGAUGACCUCCUAGUGGCAACUUCAACCAAUGAAGAAUGUCUUGUGGCCACUGAGGGCCUCCUGGAAGUUCUCCAAGACGUGGGAUAUCGGGUGUCCUGGAAAAAAGCUCAGCUUUGCCAGACCAAGGUAACCUACUUGGGCUAUAUUCUUGAGGAAGGGAAGAGGAGGCUGGCAGAAUCACAGGUAUCAGCAAUUCUCCAGAUUCCAGAACCAAGCUCAAAGAAACAGGUGCAUGAAUUCCUAGGGGCAAUCAGGUAUUACAGAAUUUGGAUCCCAGGUUUUGCUGAAAUUGCCAAACCCCUGCACGAAGCCACCUCAGGGGAGAUACACCCCUCGAAUGGACUGAGGCUUGCCAGCAGGCAUUCCAACUGCUUAAAACUAUGCUUGCUUUGGCACCAACCCUGGCAUUGCCAGACAUAACUGAGCCCUUCACUCUGUAUAUAGCAGAGAAGAACAGGGUAGCUAAGGGAGUGAUAACUCAGCCUUUGGGACCAUGGAAGUGGCCGGUGGCAUACCUCUUGACAAGGCUAGACCCAGUGGCUCGAGGGUGGCCCACCUGUCUGAGGAUUGUAGCAGCAGCAGCUGCUCUAACCCAAGAGGCUGACAAACUGACCUUCAGAGAGGAUUUGACUUUAGUCACUCCCCAUGCCAUUGAGCCCUUAUUAAACAGCUC